UGGUAUAUAUUUGAUUAAUAGUCAUCGCAUUUGCCAUUUCCCCCCGUCUGUAGCGCUGAAGAUCGGAGAGGCUUAAUUGAGCCGCACUUCCACGGCGGACAGACGACCAGCUGCACUUUGCCUGGCGAGGCGGUCACUGCUCUCACUCCCGGCUUUGAGAUUCGCAGCAGCAGGGGACGAGCCCGCUUCCAGCCAUGUCCGCCACGGAAGAUGUGCCUGCCUUUUUCAAGAGCAUGGGCUCGGGAAGCCCUAAGCCCCGUGCCAAAUUCUGCGGCAUGUUCUGCCCGGUCGAGGGCUCGACCGAGAACAAGACCCUGGAUUUCGACUCCCUGCCUACGGGCAGGAGUGGCAGGGCGGACAGCCGGGUCAUUGACAAGCAGAUGGACAUCUCCACCCAGUCCUGCAGGAAGAAGGUCGAGAUUCGGACCAGCACGGGGAAAGAGGCGCUGCAGAACCUCAACGAUCAGAGUGACCGUCUCCUGAUCAAAGGUGGGAAGAUUGUGAAUGAUGACCAGUCCUUCUAUGCCGACAUCUACAUGGAGGAUGGCCUCAUCAAGCAGAUCGGGGAGAACCUGAUCGUUCCCGGCGGGGUGAAGACCAUCGAUGCUCAUGGCCGCAUGCUGAUCCCGGGGGGCAUUGACGUGCACACCCGCUUCCAGAUGCCCGACCGGGGCAUGACUGCCGCCGACGACUUCUACCAGGGCACCCGCGCGGCCCUGGCGGGCGGCACUACCAUGAUCAUUGAUCAUGUGGUCCCGGAGCCGGGUGCGAGCCUGCUGACUGCAUUUGACCAGUGGAGGGAGUGGGCAGACAGCAAGUCCUGCUGCGACUACUCUCUGCACGUGGACAUCACCGAGUGGCACAAGGGCGUGCAGGAGGAGAUGGAGACCCUCGUCAAGGACCACGGGGUCAACUCUUUCCUGGUCUAUUUGGCCUAUAAGGAUGUAUUCCAGCUGACUGACUCUCAGAUUUACGAGGUCUUCAGUGUGAUCCGUGACCUGGGGGCCAUCGCGCAGGUCCACGCUGAGAAUGGUGACAUCGUAGCAGAGGAGCAGCACCGGGUUCUGGAGAGGGGCAUCACCGGCCCGGAGGGGCACGUUCUGAGCCGCCCCGAGGAGGUGGAGGCGGAGGCAGUCAACCGUUCCAUCACCGUGGCCAAUCAGACCAACUGCCCUCUCUACAUCACCAAGGUGAUGAGCAAAAGUGCCGCUGAUGUCAUCGCCCUGGCAAGGAAGAAAGGCUCCGUGGUUUUCGGGGAGCCAAUCUCUGCCAGCCUGGGCACGGACGGGUCCCACUACUGGAGCAAGAACUGGGCGAAGGCUGCCGCCUACAUCACCUCCCCGCCCCUCAGCCCCGACCCCACCACCCCCGACUACCUGAACUCGCUGCUCUCCUGUGGGGACUUGCAGGUGACUGGCAGUGCCCACUGCACUUUUAACACUGCUCAGCGCGCCGUGGGGAAGGACGACUUCACCCAAAUCCCCGAGGGCACCAACGGGACCGAGGAGCGACUGUCCCUGAUCUGGGACAAGUGUGUGGUGACGGGGAAGAUGGAUGAGAACCAGUUCGUUGCCGUCACCAGCACCAACGCCGCUAAGAUCUUUAACCUGUACCCCCGCAAGGGCCGCAUCGCCGUGGGCUCCGACGCCGACCUGGUGCUGUGGGACCCUGACGUCACCAAAAUCAUCUCCGCCAAGAGCCACAACUCGGUGGUGGAGUAUAACAUCUUUGAGGGGAUAGAGGUGCGUGGCGCCCCCCUGGUGGUCAUUAGCCAGGGGAAGAUUGUGCUGGAGGAUGGGAACCUGCACACCACUGAGGGGUCUGGCCGCUACGUCCCCCGAAAACCCUUCCCCGACUACGUCUACAAGAGGAUAAAGGCCCGCAGCAGGCUGGCUGAGCUGAGGGGAGUUCCUCGGGGUCUGUAUGAUGGGCCAGUGUGCGAGGUAUCAGUGACCCCUAAAACUGUCACCCCGGCAACCUCCGCCAAGACCUCUCCUGCCAAACAGCCGGCACAGCCAGUCCGCAACCUGCACCAGUCUGGCUUCAGCCUGUCGGGUGCCCAAGUCGAUGACAACGUCCCUCGGCGCAACACCCAGCGCAUUGUGGCGCCCCCUGGUGGGAGGGCCAACAUCACCAGUCUGGGUUAAGCUCUCCCACCAGCUGACAGGGGGAAUGGGGGGGGUUGUCAAGAAGUUGGGUUCUGGUUGAAGAGACCACGCCCGGCAUUGGAACCGCAACCCUGAAGAUCCCUGCCAAAAAUUCCCCUCUCCUCGGUCUUAUCGCCCCCCCCCCCACCCCCAAAAUCCCGUCAUUAUCCCACAUCCUGUACCCCUCCACUUUGAACCACCCACUGAUGUUUUCUUGUUGAUGAAUGAUCUUCAUUUGCAGAAGAAUCACAUUCCAUGUUUGAGCAUUUCAGACUGAAUCGCUUAGUGUUUUAUACUAUAUGACCAACCUGCCAUAUGCCAUUUUGUUUUUUGUUUAUUUUUAAGGAAGAGUCAAGUGAAAUAAGACUGAGCGCAUUAGAGCUGAUGGGCUUUUCUUUCGUAUAGAUUUUUCUAGGUUGUCCUGUUAAUGUUCUGACUUAAGCCUUGCGAGUAAAGAGGUUUCUUUUGUCUGAUUUAUUCUUCAGCUUUUGUUUCAUGAGUUCUGAAUAUAAAUGCUAAAAGGCCCUGCAGGUGACGUUGAGUGCGUUAGUCUUACGGCCUAAAAAAGGACGUAUUGAACGUGAAUGUCUGUCAGAAUUUCCUGUCCACUGCAGCUCAGCAGCCAGUCACAUCCACCACAUGAACAUCAAGUGUGCAUUAGCUGCAGUGUGCAGUUAGCAUUAGCAGUUAGCAUUAGCCGCAGAGUGCAGUUAGCGUUAGCUGCAGAGUGCAGUUAGCAUUAGCUGCAGUGUGCAGUGUGCAUUAGAAUUUUGCAUUAGCUGCAGUGUGCAGUUAGCAUUAGCUGCAGAGUGCAGUUAGCGUUAGCUGCAGAGUGCAGUUAGCGUUAGCCGCAGUGUGCAGUUAGUGUUAGCUGCGGAGUGCAGUCAGCGUUAGCUGCAGAGUGCAGAGUCAUGUGUAAAUGAGGGAGGGACUCCUCUGAGUAGCUACAGUAGGCAUACACGUGCAUGGGACCCUCAUCUAACUCGAAUCUGGAGCCUCCUUCGGAACUGGGUUGUGAAUCGGUCGUGUUUGUAAAGUGGAGCUGUGUGUGGGUCCAGCUGAAUGGCGUGCCCCGCUUGGCCUCUGUAGGCCUCUCUCAGUCCCGGGGGAGUUUUGAUUUGCGAGUGAGUUGGGGUGUCGGUGGCAAACAUUUGAAAUCAGCCUGAGUCCUCCUGGCUGGUCUUGCUGUCCUCACCUUGCCCUGUUAAUCGAUGGCAUUAAGACAGAUAAAAUGGAAAAGUGCCCACACGUCUCAUUAUUGGCCUGCCUGUAUCUUCCUUGUCUCUACACCCCCCGCCUGCCUGUAAUGUACAGAGCUGCCUGUGAUUGGUGAUUGAAUCCCAGCGUCUGAAGGAUGAUGGUGUCGUGCCGAAUUUCGGAAGUAGAAUGUGAGAUUACCGCCGCGUGCUUCGGUUCGGCAGAAAGCGUGCCUCUCGGCCUCUCUUGCCCCCGAAAAUCCUCGCCCUCUAACCGUGCCUAAACUGCCUCUGCAGAACCUGUGUAAGGUGUAGUGAUAUUUCUCAUUUUUAUUAUUACUGAGGUAAGAUAAGGCUGUAAAAUACGAUGUAAAAAAACCUUGGAAUGAACCGAUAUUAAGGUGCCAGAUCUUUUUAUUAUUGUCAUGGUUAUUAUUCCUCACGUAGUGUGUCUGUAAAAAAACACUUGAUUUUGUUAAAGUAGUAUUGUAUGUUACAUUUUUAAACCAGUGUUAAUACUAUUCUCUGAUGUGUCGCCCAAGGGCUAAACGCAUUCUGUCUUUAAAAUAGACUUGGGAAGCAAAUUCCCAUCAGUUUGUAGAUGUUUGCUUGCUCAAUUUCUGCCCUUAACAGCAGAUCCGAGAUCAGAUCACCCACCCCCAGUGCUAACCCCAACUGUUCAGUAUAAAAUUUUGACUCUGAUCCAGGAUCAGUUGAUAAGGGUAGGAAGGGCCUGCCACUUGUUUGCAUCAUGGGGGGAGGGGCUAACUUUACACAGAUCAAAGCAAAGCUUUUGAUUGGUUUCCAAGGAGGGCCUUGCCUGCCACUCAGUCGAACAGUGACGUGAGGUGUCUGUUUUUCAUUAAGAAAUACAAGCUCCCAGUGUUUUUUUUUUUUUUUUU